GCGGAGAAGGAAGCUUGUGGCCCGCGGCAGGUAGGCUGGGACUGGCAUGGGAGCGCGGGCCAUGGAACCAUUGGGGAAGUGGAAAGCGGAGACGAGACGGACGCCUUAUGGCUCCGUGCACUGGGCAGUGUUAUUAAUUGUCUGCCAUGCCGCUGGCCGUUGGUGGAGAGGACGAGGCAUGACAUGGGUUCGGGCUAUCUGCAGGGCCACUCUCCAACGGUCGAGGCAUCGCAUCUUCCCAGCAACCAAUCUUGCGGGGCUGCUGGCGGGGAAGCUGCGAUCGUCUCCCACGUGUGCCAAGCCUUCUGACAGCCCACUGGUGCUGCCUUGACCACGAAUCGCUCGGAGUCUUAAUGAACAUUGCACAAGUCUGAAUAUUCUUCACGGCAGGUCCGACCCAGUUUCCCAACCUCACUCGCUACCUCCAUCGCACCUGCCCCGAUGCACCAAUAAUGCCGCCGAGAAAUGGCGACCGUACGGAUCUGUCUUUGCGGUGACGAUGGCGUCGGCAAGAGCUCCAUCAUCACGUCUCUUGUCAAGGACGUCUUCGUCACAGCCAAAAUCCAGCCCGUCCUGCCUCAGGUGACGCUACCGCCCACGCUUGGGACGCCCGAUAAUGUCACCACCACCAUCGUCGAUACCUCCGCCCUCCCCCACGAACGACACACUCUCCGCACAGAGCUCAGGAAAUCGAACGUCAUUCUACUCGUAUACUCGGACCACUACAGCUAUGAGAGAGUGGCGCUGUUCUGGAUGCCCUACUUCCGCUCGCUGGGCGUCAAUGUGCCAGUCGUGCUGUGCGCAAACAAGUCCGACAUAGCCUCGAAUGGCACAACCUCGCAGGUCGUGUCUGAGGAGAUGCUACCGGUCAUGAAUGAGUUCAAGGAGAUCGACUCCUGCAUACGCACCAGCGCCAAAGAUCACCACAACAUCAACGAGGUCUUCUUCCUCUGCCAAAAGGCUGUCACGCAUCCGAUAGCGCCUCUAUACGAUUCCAAGGAGAAUGCACUCAAGCCAGCAGCCGUGUCUGCACUACAACGCGUCUUCCACCUCUGCGACACGGACAAAGAUGGGUACUGGAACGAUCAGGAGAUUCACGACUUCCAGAUCAAGUGCUUCGAGAAACCGCUAGGGGACGACGAUUUGAUGAACAUAAAGAGGUCGAUGGAGCGCUUUGCCCCUGGUCUGACUGGAGAGCAUGGAAUGGACGAGAAGGGGUUCCUGCUCCUGAACAAGAUCUUCGCCGAGAAGGGGCGGCACGAGACCAUCUGGAUCAUACUGCGGAAAUUCCACUAUACCGACAGUCUUAGUUUGCAGGAUACGUUCCUCCAUCCCAAGUUCGACGUGCCUCAAUUCUCCUCCGCCGAACUCAGCCCGUCUGGCUACCGCUUCUUCGUUGACCUCUUUCUCAAGUUCGACAUGGACAAUGACGGAGGACUUAACGACAGAGAACUCGCGAAUUUAUUUGCGCCUACCCCUGGCAUGCCGAUAUCGUGGGUGGACUCGGCGUUCCCAUCAUGUACAGUGCGCAACGAAGCGGGAUACAUUACACUACAAGGUUGGCUCGCGCAAUGGAGUAUGACUACCUUUGAAGAGCCCAAGACGACUCUGGCGUACCUAGCAUACCUCGGAUAUGAGAGCGGCGAGCGCGGAGGCACGACCAGCGCACUCAAGGUGACCAAAGCUAGGAAGCGACGGAAGAAGCCUGGACGCGUUGAGCGCAACGUCUUCCUAUGCUAUGUUAUAGGGUCGAGCGGGAGCGGAAAGAGCUCAUUGCUGUCUGCCUUCCUACAGCGACCUUUCAGCCACACCUACCAUCCCACGAUAAAACCGCGUUCGGCUGUCAAUAGCGUCGAGUUAAAAGGUGGCAAGCAGUGCUACCUAAUCUUAGAAGAGCUCGGUGAACUUGAACCCGCGAUUUUAGAAAACCAGGCCAAGCUGGACGCGUGCGAUCUGUUGUGUUAUACAUACGACUCGAGCGACCCCACAAGCUUUGCGCAUGUCGUCGAGCUGCGGAAGAAGUACCCCCAUCUCGACCAACUACCAGCGGUCUACACAGCCCUGAAGGCAGACCAGGACAAAACGAUGCAGCGAUGUGAGCAGCAGCCCGACGAGUACACCAGCGCCUUGAGAAUGGCACCGCCACUGCACGUCAGCACGACGUGGAACAGCAUCUCGGAGCUGUUUGUUCACCUGGCUGAAAGCGCCACCCACCCCUCGACAGCCUUCCCCAAGCAGGAAGAGGACGGAUACGAUUAUCUCAAUCUUUACCUAGCGCUUGGAGCCGUCACGUGCGCAGUGGCUUCGGCGAUGUUCGUUUGGAGACGCAGCAGCGCUUCGACUUGAGAGAUCUGAGACCAGGGGCCAGGCAUGAAUGUGAAUAUUUGCUUCUUGUAUAUACCAUGGGCAGCACACCACUUCCACCCCUAUAGACAAACUACUCGCAGUAGGAAAACUCCCAAGCUUCGGAGAUGAUGGCAAUGCAGCACUCACGAUAAUGGCAGCGCGGAGGGUCAGCGCUUAAGCAUGACAUCACCUUGGCGUGCGGCUAUGUUGUACAACAGACAAGUCUCAGUGGCACGAGCGA